AUGCCGGUUCUCGAUGUCAGCGAACUUAAUAUUGUUAUCGCCGUUCUAGGUGCUUUCAUUAUCAGCUAUGGUUUCCUUUCGGUCAAAAUCAAACAAGUCUGGUAUUUAGGUGAAGCUCUGCCCGCCGUUCUCAUAGGCAUCAUCCUGGGCCCGAUAGCUGCCAGAUUCCUCGAUGCAGAGAAAUGGGGUUCUGCUGUUGAGGGCCAGCAAGAAGCCAUCACACUGGGCAUGUGCCGCAUAGUCAUCGGUGUCCAGCUUGUCAUCGCCGGCUUCCAGCUUCCAGCCAAGUACCAACAAACCCGAUGGAAAGAGAUGGUGAUAUGUCUCCUCCCAGUCAUGGCAACCAUGUGGAUAUGCACAAGUUUGUGUAUUUUGAUCACUGUCCCCAAGAUAACCUUCUUGGCUGCGCUGGUCAUCGGAUCCUGUGUCACCUGUACAGAUCCCAUCUUGUCUCAAGCCGUGGCCAAAGGUCCCUUUGCCGACAAAUUCGUUCCUCGUGCGCUUCGAGAAAUCAUCUCGUCAGAAGCAGGUGCGAAUGACGGGUUCGGGUUUCCGUUUCUUCUCUUGGCCACUUACCUGAUUCGCCAUGCCGACCUCGAGGGUGUCAACUUCAAGGAAGGCAUUACCGCGGGCGCAAGCGAGCUUGCCCAUCGCGCAGUCAACAUUCUCACCAGGCGCAGCGAAGCCCACGUUGGCCGUCUAGGUGGAGGUAUACCUAUGGCCAUGGAGCAAUGGAUUGUAGAAGGAUGGCUGUACAUAAUCGCCAUGGCUAUCGCCAUUGGGGUGGUUGUUGGGGCUGGAAGUCUAUUUGCCAUUCGAUUCGGUCUCCGUAAGAAGUGGAUAGACACCGAAAGUCUCUUGCUUUGGCCUAUGGCAGUCGGCCUGUUCCUCAUUGGCAUCUGCGGUGCACUUGGCACGGACGACCUCCUUGCUUGCUUCGUCGCCGGUAACGUCAUGAACUGGAAUGGCCUAUACCUUGAGGAGACCGAGAAGCGCCACGACGAAGUCAACAGCUGCUUCGACGUCAUCCUCAACUUUGGUGGCUUCAUGUAUAUCGGUACAAUCAUUCCCUGGAGAGAGUUCCAACUUCCGGAUGUCACUGGCAUUACUGUGGGAAGGCUCAUGAUUCUCGGAUUUCUGGUCCUUGCUUUCCGUCGUAUUCCUGCCAUAUUCAUGGCCUACAAGGCUAUGCCCGGAGUUAUCAAGGAUUGGAAGGAGGCGCUGUUCAUGGGAUACUUUGGGCCCAUUGGUAUUGGAGCCGUCUUCUAUGUCGAGCAUACGCGUCAUCUGUUCCCCAAGCCUGGAGAGGCGGAGACAGAAGAGGAAGAGAACCUCCUAGCCGCCAUGGUUCCUAUCGUCUACUUCCUCGUCAAUUUCUCCAUUGUCGUCCACGGUCUCUCCAUCCCAGCCCUUGAUGCAUUCUACCGCUACAAGAAAAUCCUGCCCAUUUCCGAGGCUGAACCAGCAGAGAUUCGCGCACUCUCAGUCCAUGAAGCGCUGCCAAACAAUGCCAGCAUGAGCACCAAACGCAACUCUAUCUACGUACACAACCGCUUCUCUAGGCCCGUUUCUACAGGUCCUGAUCCGGAACUGUACAGGUGGAAUACUCAGGUAAGAGACAGCGAUGCCACGUACAGGGCUUCUUUACAACCACAAGGCGAGAAUUAUGCUCAGAAGCUACAAAACAUUCGAUUUGCAGAAGACUAUGCCCAUGAGAAAGCCAACCUGGGUUAG